GUCAGGCCCUUCAGCUGGGCCAGCUGCAUCACCACGCUGCUCUCCUCCACACUCAGGAAUCCUGGGAUCUCUGAAACACACGUCAACACGCCAAUGAAAGAAGAGAGGAAAAGGAAGUGUGUGGUAAAGUGGAGCUCACUGUUCAUCAUCUCCAGCUGAGAAACGGAAGAAUCAGCACCCCACACACAGUCACACAUACACACCCUCCCUAACCAAUCCACUCCCACGUCCUACAAAGUCCCGCCCUCUCCCAGAUGGGCCUCAGGCAGUGGUGUAUAAAUACACCUAUUACUGAUUUACCCUGACACUACCUUACGCUGAUCUUCCAGCUCUCUGACGCUCUCUGGACUAUGAUGCUGACAGUGUCUGCUCUACUGCUGCUCCUGCUUGGCCCUGGCAUCGGUGCCGUGCCCAGCGGACUCUGGGAACACCAGGGAUCCUCUCGUUGCGUGCCCAUCCCAAGCAACAUGGCCCUGUGCCAGGGUCUGGGCUACAACAACAUGCGGAUGCCCAACUUGCUGGGACACGAAUCUCCAGCUGAAGCGGUGCAGCAGAGCACCAGCUGGCUGCCGCUCCUCGCCCGAGAGUGCCACCCGCAUGCCCGCAUCUUCCUGUGCUCGCUCUUCGCUCCUGUGUGCCUUGAGAGGAUCAUUUCACCAUGCAGGAGUCUGUGUGUGUCGGUGCGGGACAGCUGCGCCCCCAUCAUGAACUGCUACGGUUACCCCUGGCCUAGAAUACUACAGUGCGACCAGUUUCCCAAAGAUCACCUAAUGUGCAUUUCCUCAGUUGCGCAUAUGCAAAACGGCACCAGCAAUGACGGUCGAGUGGUGCCGCGUGCGAGCUGCACAGACUGUGAGCUGGAGGAGGCCACGUCAACCAAAGACCUGCUCGACCUCUUCUGUAAAAGUGACUUUGGUAAGAAACUCUACUUUUUGCUAAUUCGCAACAACCAUAAAUUGUUAAUGCUGAAACUCCAUGCUCAUGUCUUUCUUUCUCUCUCUCCGCUAGCGGUUAAAGUGCGUCUAUCCAAGCUGAACUCCAGUAGUUCUGUCCUGACGAUGUUCUCCUUGGGCCCUCGGCUGGAGGUCCUAAAGCACGGCCCACUGCUGGGAGGGGAAAUGAGAAGCCGUCUGACACUGUGGCUGGAGCGGGACGCCACCUGUGUGGGCAACCUGACCCGCAACCAUCCUGACGGGGGGACGUUCCUGCUGACAGGCACUGUGACGGGCAAGAGACUGCUGGUCACGAAAGCGUUUAGCUGGGGAAAACGCCAGCGGCACCUCAACCAAGCAGCGCGCAAGUGGAAAAGCCAUCGGUGUAGAGGAUGAAACUCACCAAACAGCAGUGGCUUCAAGCUGAGGGUGCGCAUGUUAUGGGUCCGGUCAGGAACCAGAGAAACUCUUUGCACAUGUCCAACCUGAGCAGAAAAGAUAUAACAUCCCCUGGAUUACACACACAG